UUUAAAAUUGUUUACAAACAUUAAAUGACAAUGGUGGAGAAUGCUUACCAUUUUUAUUUAUAGCUGAAUAUAUGAUAUUACCUUAAUAAAUUUUGGUAUAUUCGUCUCUUAUGAAAAAUAAAAAUGCGCUCUGCUUUACUUUGGGAAUCUGAUCUUCUAGAUAAGGAAGGACAUCCGGAAUGCGUGUAUGAUAUUGCACUUAAACCGGAUGCAUCAAUGUUAAUCAUUGCUACUGGAACUAAGUUAUUGGCAUAUGAUACAGAUGGAAAACUUUUGCAGUCCUUAAAAGGUCACUCAGAUGUUGUGUACAGCGUCUGUUUCUCAAAAGAUGGACAACGCUUUGCUUCGGGUGGUGCUGACAAACAAGUCAUAAUUUGGACAUCUAAACUGGAGGGAAUUUUAAGAUAUUCUCACCAUGAUGCUGUCCAAAGUCUUUCUUACAAUCCUGUAUCUGAUCAAUUAGCUAGCUGUGCCUGUACUGAUUUCGGGCUCUGGUCUCCUGAACAGAAAAGUGUUUCAAAGCAUAGGAUCAAUGCUCGCAUUACUAGUUGCAGUUGGACGUCUGAUGGAUUGCUUUUAGCUUUGGGACUUACAUCAGGUGUCAUAUCACUGAGAGGACGGAAUGGAGAUGAGAAGGUGAAAAUUGAGCGACCUGGUGGCUCAGCAUCGCAAGUUUGGGGUGUGAGUUGGUGUCCUGUUAAGGAUAACAAUGGCGAUGAAUUGCUGGCUGUUGUAGACUGGAGUCCGUCUUUAUCGUUUUACAAUACAGCUGGAAAACAAGUGGGUCGUGAGAGAGCACUGGGAUUUGAUCCUCUCAGGAUAUCUUUUUUUUCCAAUGGCGAAUACUUACUGAUUUGUGGAACCAAUAAAAAGUGUUCCCUCUACACUAAAGAAGGCGUUUUUUGUGGUGUCAUAUCUGAACAGAAGUCUUGGAUAUGGUGCUGUGCCACCAAAGAAGACACGAAUUAUGUGGCUAUUGGCAGUCAAGAUGGUAUUGCAGCAUAUUAUGAAAUUGGCUUUUCAACAGUACAUGGGUUAUAUGAAGAUAGAUAUGCAUACAGAGAAAACAUGACCGAUGUUGUUGUCCAGCACCUAAUUACUGAUGACAAAGUUGUUGUCAAGUGUCGAGAACUUGUGAAAAAGUUGGCCAUUUAUAAAAGACGUCUAGCUAUUCAAAUGCCUGAACGAAUAAACAUUUAUGAAGUUUCCGAAAGCAAUGAUAUGCACUAUAAAGUUAAAGAAAAAAUUAAUAUAAAAGUGGAAUGCACUUUAUUAGUGGUUUGUGCAAAACAUAUUGUGCUGUGCGAAGAAAAGAUCCUCCAGUGUUUGUCAUUCCAAGGUGUUCUUGAGAAAGAAUGGGUUAUGAAUUCACUCAUUCGAUACAUUAAAGUGAUUGGUGGCCCACCUGGAAGUGAGUGUUUGCUGAUUGGUCUGAAAAAUGGACAGAUUGUGAAAAUAUUUGUUGAUAAUGCUCUACCUGUAGAAGUUCUCAAAAUCAAUUCCUCAGUUAGAUGCUUAGAUCUCAGUGCAAAACGAAAGAAACUUGCUGUUGUUGAUGAAAACAACGUCUGCAGUGUUUAUGAUCUCACUAACAAUAGUCUAAUAUAUAAAGAACCAAACGCCAACAGUGUUGCUUGGAAUAAUCACAAUGAAGACAUUCUAUGUUUUACUGGUGCUGGUCUCAUAAACAUUAAAGUUGAAAAUUUUAGCAUUCAGCAACAAAAGUUUCAGGGAUUUGUGAUUGGCUUUUGCGGAGGUAAAGUUUUCUGUUUGCAUAUCAAUGCAAUUUCCACUAUUGAUAUUCCUUUGUCAGCAUCUAUGUACCAAUACAUCGAGAAAAAAAUGUUCAAGAAAGCUUAUCAGGUGUCAUGUCUUGGAGUUACUGAUAGUGAUUGGCGUGCUUUAGCUGAGGCUGCCAUACAAAAUCUGGACUUGGAAGUUGCUCGUAAAGCAUAUAUUCGAAUAAAAGAUUUGUCAUUUCUGAAACUGAUUAAAUCUCUUGAGGCAUUAAAGAAAAAUGAAAAUGAAUACGCUUUACUCGGUGAUGUUUAUGCGUGCCUCGGAAAAUACAAUUUGGCUGCAAAGUCUUACGAGAAAGCGAACACUGCUGGGAAGGCUUUAAUGAUGUACAUAGACUUAAGAAUGUUUGACAAAGCACAGGAAUAUUUGUCAGCAUCCGAUGACCUGGAGCAAAAGAAGGCUUUGAUCAUCAAGAAAGCUGAAUGGGCCAAAAGCAUAAAUGAAGUGAAAGCAGCUGCUGAGAUGUUUUUAUCUGUUGGAGAGGUGGAAAAGGCUGUUGAAUUGGCUGCAGAGUAUAAUUGGUCUGAUAUGUUGAUAAAUAUAGUGAAUAAAGUGGAUUUAACUGAACGCAAGACACUGUCCCUCAUUGGAAAUCAUUUGAAGAGAUUGCAAGAGUAUGGUACUGCUGCUGAAAUAUUCCAUAAAAUUGGUGAUAUACCAUCAUUAGUUGAAAUGAAUGUUCAAGCUAAAAAUUGGAAAGAGGCAUUUGAAUUAGCUAAACAGUAUCCUACAUUUAAAGAAAGUGUUUACAUACCUUAUGCAAAUUGGUUAGCUGAAAAUGACAGAUUUGUAGAAGCUCAGAAAGCCUUUUACACUGCUGGGCGACAAGAUGAAGCUGUUGGAGUCUUAGAACAACUCACAAAAAUAGCUGUUAACGAGAAGAGAUUUAAAGAAGCUGGUUACUACUAUUGGAUAUUGUCUAUGCAAACCCUCAGAAGUGCCUCCUCCUCUGAUUUAAAAGAUGAUGCAAGCGUUCAAAUUGCAAUUCGAAAAUUUUGGGAUCAACAAUUUGCUGCCGAAAUAUAUUAUGUUUACAGUUAUAUUUAUAAUUAUUUGGAGGAGCCUUUCACAAUGCAACAUACAGAGACCCUGUUUAAUAUGUCUCGCUAUUUAUGGUUGGAACUCGUUAAAACUGACUUACCGGGCAUAUCAAAAUUUCGCAUAUUUUAUGCUGCUGCAAAACAAAGCUGUGCAAUGAAGGCAUACAAAAUGUCUCGCAUGGCUUAUCAAAUGGCAAGUAACUACAAAAUUCCAGAAAGAUUUCGAGAAUCUGUGGAAACAGCUUCAUUACAUGUUCAGGCCAAACCUUUUACAGAUUCAGAGGAUGUUUUACCAAUGUGCUUCAGGUGUUCAACAAGUAAUCCUUUAAUAAACAAGCAAGGAAACAUUUGUUUCAACUGUAAACAACCAUUUGUGUAUUCUUUUAUUUCAUUUGAAGUGUUACCUGUUGUGGAGUUUUUCUUGGAGGAUGGAUUAGAAGAUGAUGAAGCUUAUAAGUUGUUAUCAAAAAAGUCACUAAAACAAUUUGAAAAUAGUUCCUCAGUGAUGGAAAGCAAUAUGAAUUCUGAAUACCUAAAAAUUGAAGAUUCUUCUUAUGACAAUGAUAUGGGGGAAGAUAUAUUUACUUUCGAUGCUUCAACCGGUGAGACGGGUCCUUUAAUAGUGAACCGUAAAAAUCUUGAAGCAAUGAAUAUGUCUGAUGUCAUCAUUUGCAAGUGGCCCAAACCUUUGCGGACACAAUACUUCAAAAGUAUUUUACCAUCCGUCCAAAUCCAUCGUUGUGAAUCCUGUAAUAAACUUUUCCAUAGUGAUGAUUACGAGCUUGAAAUACUUAAAAAAGGCUGUUGUCCAUUCUGCAGAAUUUCAGUGCAAGAAACUGAAGGCAAUGAAGACUAGAUGCAGAUUAUUGAUGUAUUAUAUUUUUUAAAAAGGCAUUCGAUUGGAUAUAUUGCAAGUAUUUUAUCCUUAGCAAAAAAAAUCAUCAAAUCAUUUAUUUAUUUUUAUAUCAUUGUAUCACAAUUGCUUUUGUUAUGUAUAUAUGAUAAACAAACAUUCCGUCCAAUAAAUUAUUUUAUGUUAUGUUUA